UCGAGGUGCCGCAGACAAGUCGGCGAGUCCCACGCGGAGCUGUUCCUGCCCCAACGGGACGGGGGCUUCCGAUUGAUUUGACCGAGUAAUAUUUGAAAACUAACAACAACACUAAACUACCUUUUGUUAUUCUAAGGUCGAGGAGGGCGGAAACAUGGGUUCCAAGCGCAUCUCGCAGGAGACCUUUGACGGCGUGGUGAGGGAGAACAUCGCAGAGUUUAGCAUGGAGCCCGAGGAAGCGUUGCAGGAGGCCGUGGAGCAGUUUGAGUUACAGGGCGUUAACUUAACCAACAUAGUGAAGGAAGUACCUAAAGUGGCUUCGGAAGAGUCUGGAGAUGAAGAGCAUGAGGUCCUUAAGGUGCUGCGAAGCGUGGAGGAGGCGGCCCUAAGAACCACGUCACUUGCGGGGGUGGUCGCGCCACUCGAACUGCUCACUGCCCACUGCAGGAAGGAGUUCAGCCAGCGGAACUUGAUUGCGCUGCACGGAGCAUACGCAGUGCUCGUGUCCAUCUGCAAGGAGGCAUUAGCCCAAGAAGACACUAACAUUCUGACCAAAGCAGUGUUGGCACUCGCUGCAUUUUUAGAUGGCCAGCCCGACAUACUGGACACCGAUGGUCAGGAGCUGCUCAUUAAGGUCCUUUCACUGGGCCCGAAUGUGUCCACGAUGGAGGCGGCGGCACGGGCAGUUCGGGCUUCCUGCGUGAAACACGAGGCGAACCGGCAGGCACUGGUGAAGCUCGGUGUGCUGCCCCUGCUUACGGGCGCCGUCGCGGUGGUGGGUGCACCCAACACCGUCAGGGAGGCAUGCGCCGCGCUGCGGGUCAUGACUUUCGAUGACGACAUUCGUGUGCCCUUUGGGCAAGCCCACGAUCAUGCCAAGAUGAUCGUGCUGGAGAACAGUGGCCUGAAGGUGCUGGUGGAGGCGUCAAAAGCUUACCCAAAUAGUCUGCCUGUUCUGAGUGAGCUGUGUGCCACCAUCGCAAAGCUUGCCGUCCGUAACGAGUUCUGUCAAGAUAUUGUGGAGCUCGGAGGACUCGACUUUACUCUGGCGCUGCUGGCGGAUUAUCUGGACCACCAGGAUCUGGUGAAGAACGUCCUGAGCACACUGCGUGCGAUCGCGGCCAACGACGAUGUCAAGGAAGCCGUUGUGGCCGCGGGAGGAACCAACGUCAUCGUUAUGGCCAUGAACCACCAUCUCGGCAACCCACAGCUGUGCGAGCAGGCAUGCGCGGCCCUCUCCGUGCUCGCGCUCCGAAAUACGCAGAACUGCAGCGCCAUCAUAGAAUGUGGCGGUGCAUUGGCCAUUCUGCAGGCAAUGAAAAAUCACCCUAAGGAGGCAAACGUACAGAGGCAGGCAUGCAUGGUUCUGCGGAACUUGGUGUCACGCACACAGGAGCUGUGUAAGCCACUGCUCGAACUGGGGGCAGAGCCACUCAUCCUGCAGGCGCGCGCCAACCACAGCAGCUGCCACGACGCCGCCAAGGCCGCCCUGCGCGACCUUGGCUGCAGCGUCAAACUUACCGAGCUAUGGACGGGCGAGAAAGGCAGCAUCGGCAAGUGACAUGGACCCACGGACAUCUAGGGUGGCCAAGCUUUGCUCCACACCGUGGCAGCAUAGGGGCUGCUCAAACUGUUGCGGAACAAUGAGUCAACUCAUCAUAAGAAGCCUUCUGUCACCUGAGCUCGUGCAAUGCUUGCUUGUGAUGGCACUACUUUACACUGUUGUGGCAGUCGAGUGUAAAUCAUUAAUGUUAUGAUUUAUCUGAAGGUCCACGGUUUCUUGAGAAUGUUCAUUAAAUUAUUUAUCCAAAUUAAGUGGUUAUGUUUACAGUGUGUGUGUGUGUACGCUCAAAGUUCUGCAGUAAAACCCCGGCUAGCCAGACCAAUAGAGCGGGUGAACCCUGGUUUGGUUGGAAAAGGAUAGUUUUAACAGUAUUGUUGAGCAAAUAAAGUUACAAUCCAUUUCAAAUAUAAAACAAAUAAUAAAACGAGAUGGAUUUACCAGUUUAUUUGGGCAGUUCUCACAUUCAUAUUUAUGUUAUCAAAGACCUAUUGUAAAUUUGUGUGGUUUUAUUGCCCGUGCCCUUAAUAUGGUCAGACAUUGUAGUGUUAUUCGUAAGGCAAUCAUAAAUCAUAUUUGAUUCGUCCUACAAUAUAAUUGCUUUAAACAGAAGAUUGGCCUUUCACAAACUGUGUUGUGUAAUCGUAUGUCUAACUUAAGGCAACACAUAAUGAGCAGUUCCUUUUUAUAAGACAUUAAUAUACUUUACUAUUAAUGUUUGGGCAGUGUUUUUCACUGGUUGUGUGCAAAAUGGUAUAAUGAACAUGUAUGAUAUCGAUAUAAUUAAAUAUUGAAUAUGCGA